AUGAAAGAAGUCAAAACGAACAAUCACUCUUUGGGGAAAAUUCACAAUUCUGAAUUUGAAAGCUCAAUUAAGGCUGCACCCGCCAAGUUGUCCCGCAUUACAAAAAAAACUCGCAGGUCGCAAUCUGCGGUUAACGUCUGUUGUCAUCAUUGUAGGACGUCAAAGAGUCAAAGAUCGGCCAGGGCUUCUACUUAUAUCAGUUGUUCAACAUGCUCGCAUGUCUACUGUCGCCAUUGUCUCGAAGUUCACUUAAAAGUCAGCCUGGCGAGCAUUUCUCUGAACACAUUUUCGUGCAAUUGGUGUCAAAACAAAUGCUGUUGCCAAAUUCCAGACGGGUGCUAUGAGCCGCAUCAGCAUUGUUUUACGUAUCGCAGAACAUGCAAGAGACACGCUUCGAAGGCGUAUAAUGGUGCUCAUAAGUACCAACAUAUUCCGGUGGAGUGUCUUCAGAUAAGGGCACUAGAACUGGAGUCUUUCACUGAGUCGCUCAAAAGCUCAGUCUUUCUGCCGCCGGAUUUUGGAAAGAUUUGGAAGAGUCAGUGCGAGAGCGCUAGUGCUAAGCGGCAGUAUCAAUUAGAAGAGAAUAGAUUUGGAUGCUCAGGAGGCGCAGAGAUAGGAUCGAAAGAGAAAUGUAAGGGCGAUAUCCUCGUAUCUGAAAAGGUAUCCGGUAAGAUGGGCUUAGAUUUAAGUCUGGUAAAGACAGAUCAGAAUGACAAGAGAGAAAUUGGUCAGCAUACGAAUAACAACGGAGCUGAUCAUUGUGGUAGUGACCGAUUUAAUACAUCAAUAAGCCAUGAUAGUAAAUUCUCCGCGAAAUCAAGUUGCGAUUCUGAAGGGAGUCAAGAAUGCGCAUCAUUUACCUUUCCCAAUCGAUUGAUUGAGGUGAUUGAAAGAAAUGUUGAAUCGGGUAUGUACUGUGGAAAUGGCCUUCCGGACGCACCAAGUAUUUUGAGUGAUUGCAUCUCCAGCAUGUUUUCAACAAGUAGUGCGCAAUCCGUUGUAUAG